UUUGAUGUUGUUGUUGUUGUUGUUGUUGUUUGGCAAGUGUUUUAAUAGCGCCGGGACUGACAAAAUGGGAGGCAUUCUGCACAGUGUUUUGAAUUGGCUUGGUAAAACCUAUAGAGAUGGCGGCUCUACUGGGUGGUUUGCAGCACUUGGUUUAUUUUCAACAUGGGUGGUGUGGAUGAGUUUAUUAAAGGGUCUUGCCGUGAUGCUACAAACCCUACAUGAACAAUUCGACGUGUCAACCUGGGUGGUUGGUUGGACGAUUGCUAUAAUAGACGCCGGUAUAGAGUUUUCAGCUAUACUAGCUUCUCCACUGCGAGAGAAAUUUGGGGCGAAAGCUGUGGUCACUGUGAGUGGCGUACUCGUCGGUGGGUCACUGAUAGCAUCUUCAUUUGCAUCCAGUUUAUAUCAGAUAGGGAUCCUCCUCACUCUCUUUUGUGGGCCAGCAAUUGGUGUCUCAACUGUAGUGACAAAAGACGUGAUUGGUCGUUCUUUCAGUGAAUUUUAUAUAUUGGCAUUUAGUAUAGGAGGUAUCGGGGGCUCUCUUGUCUUCUUUACAACUGUUCCUUUGACGCAAUUCUUCUUGGACGUCUACGGUUGGAGGGGAACCAUGCUGCUACUCGGUGGGAUUCUGUCCCAUCUUGCUGUCUGUGGAGCUUUGAUGAAAGAACCUGCCGCAAUAAAAAAGAUAAAUAAUAAAGAUGAAUAUCAAACAGUAACUGUAGACGAAGAACAAAGGGAUAUCAGUGACAGAGAACCAGCAUCAAACAGUCGUUGUCGAUCUUGUCUAAACAGUGUUUCCACAUUCAUCAGUAAGAAUUUCCAGACUAGUUUACUCUCCUCAACAUCCUUCUGGGUUAUGGUCUUCAUGCUGAACAUAUGGAUGAUGAUGUACACAUCUUGGUUUAUAUACUUUGUACCAUACGUCAUUGUGUCUAAGGGGUUUUCCCAAACUGACGCAUCCGUUUUCUUGGUGUGCUAUGGAAGCGGCAGAAUUCUUGGCCAUGCAACUCUAAGUGCGUUGGUCAAACAAUUUCACGUUAUUGGCAACAAAGGUUGGUUAGGAAUUGGACUAUUGAUUUUGUCUGUGUAUUAUGCCCUUGAUCCAUGGCUGAUAUCAUAUUGGCCAACUUGUGUAGGAACUUUCAUCUUUGGAUACUCGUUUUCCAUUCCAGUGAUACAAUUUGACAUCGUAAUUAUAGAAAUAUUUGGUGCAAAUCAGUUGGGACUCGUUCUUGGAUGGAAUGGACUCAUCGCUGGUGUGUCGAGGAUAUUAUCCUUGUAUUUUCCAGGGUUGAUCUACGAUAUACUUGGUAGCUAUACCUGGGCUUUCACUCUAAUGGGAAGUGUCCAUUCUCUCACUGUGGUGGCUCUACUCGCUCUAGUUUGGCUGCAAAGACGCCGUCCAUCCAGACCCUGAUGGAAGGUUUCUGCUUCUGCUUACACACCCGUAAGGGUUAUAGUCACGCAGAGUGUUGGCAGCGUUGAAUGCAAAUUAGUUAGCUUGUGAAUGGGUGGGCACGGGUUUGGAUGUUCUUGAUGUUAAGUUUAGCCGUGAUAGCUUUGAAUUUGUCCAGGGUCGUGACUUUCUUAGGUCGCGUUCGUUUAGCUUCCCUGGGUCUUCUCCGCGGUGCUCACUCGGGUGAGCCCCUGACAUGUACAACAGCUAA